UUUACACUAUUUCAGAUUUAAAAGAAGGCUAUUAUCACGCACUGAACGCAUGUGUUCACUCUGAUGCAGCUUUUGUGGCAUCAAAUUCAUCACAGGGAUUCAGGUGUCCUCAGAUUAUAGUAAAUAGGGUUCAUUAUAAACCUGUGGAAUGCUCGAUCUCAAGAUGAAGGAGACGUGUCGCAUCUGUGGAAGGGAGCUCUGCGGUAACCAGCGGCGAUGGCUCUUCCACCCCGCCCCCAAGCUCAACCUGCAGGUGCUGCUGUCUCACGCGCUUGGACGAGAGGUGACCCGGGAUGGCAGGGGAGAGUUCGCCUGCUCCAAGUGCACCUUCAUGCUGGACCGCAUGUACCGCUUUGACACAGUGAUCGCGCGUGUCGAGGCCCUGUCCAUCGAGAGGCUGCAGCGGCUCCUGCAGGAGAAACACCGGCUGAGGCAGUGCAUCGGUGGGCUCUACCGGAAAACUAACUCAGAGGAGGGUGCUGUGACGUCACUUGGAGGUAAUGAAGGACCAGGAGAUGGGAUGGUGGACAUUUCGGGUCUCACUCAUGCAAAAUACUGCGCCCUGCUCCAGGAUGAUCUGGUCUACUCUUUGUACGAGUCCUGGGCUGAUGACAGCCUGGACUGUCCACAUCACCAGCACCACCACCCUCAGUGUCCUGCUGGUCCAGGGUCAGAGGUCACAGUUGCAGGCUCACAUCGUGUUCACAGCACUCCCAGGAGAUGUCGGGGAUGUUCCUAUUGGCGGGUGGCGGACUCUGACUAUGAAGCAGUUUGUAAGGUGCCCAGGAAGCUGGCACGGAGUAUUUCCUGUGGGCCAUCAACCAGAUAUUCAGCCAGUGUUAUUGGAGGGAGUGUGACUGGAGGAGUGGGAGGUGUUGGAGGAGAAAGAAACAAUGUGCAGGAUUCAGAAGAACCCCCCUCCUCUUUAACACUGGUCCCUGGUUCUCAGGACCCCUCAAAGACGUCAGACAGUGAUCGCACCCUGGCUGGACGAGCCAGCUCCAGCCCCUCUAUCACAUCCUUAGAGACAACUGAAGACUACAAUCAGCCUGGGGCCAUAACAGAUGGGCCGCUGAGCUCCCCCAGGGAACUAAUAGAUGACCCGAUAUCCGACUCCCUCUCUGAGGAGCACAUGGGAGCCCCACAUGGCCAAGCCUCACCUGCACCCAGCCUCUCUCUGGCCCUCUGUUUGUUGCAGAGCUACGCUGUGUACCGGCCAGUCCUGAGCUUGAAGGGGAGCAAGCUGCCAGUGCUGCGCCGACAGAGCUCCAGCAAUGGAGGUUCAAGGCUUAGCUUCCCUGAUCCUGUUCUGGGAAUGUCUUAUGGAACUCCAGUGGGAGAAAGAGAAAACCACAUGCCAACACCUGAGCUGGGGACGCCUCUGAUCAGCGUGAUGGAUCAAGAUCUGAACCUGGCUUACAUGGAAGAGUUAUUGGAAGAUUUGUACAGAGAGUAUCCUACCCCACGCCCUCACCAGAGCCUUGUCGAGGAGCAGCAAAGUCAGCUGAACCAGUAUGAGUGUGCAGCUGGUCAGUGUGUCAGUGAGCUGCAGAAAGCCCAGCUCCAGGUCCAAUCCCUGCAGGCCAAGAUCCAGGAAAGCGAGGCCAAUAAUAUGAAGCUGCAGGAGAAGCUGAAUGAGAUGGAGUGUGAGCUGCGUUCAAUCCGCCAGGCUGCUCAGAGUCAGGAAAGGACCAUUCAGGGUCUCACAGAGUCCAUCAGCACCAAAGACAGUGAGGCCCAGGAGCUGUACCGGUUGAUGGACGAGCAGAACACCACACUGUGUAAGCUGAGAGAAAUGGUCCACCGCCAUCAGCUUGCUCAACACAAGGCUCCAGAGGGGGUCAGCGAGUCCUUGACGCUCGCCCAGCUGCAGGGAGAGCUGGUUGGAGUGCAGAGCUCCCUGUUCUCCCUUGGUCUGGAGCUGGAGGCCAGCCAAAGGAGUCUGAGACAGAGCCAGAGGCAAGGAGAUGACCUGUCGAGGUUUAAGGACAGACUUAACUCUGAUCUACAGGAGGUGCAGCAGCACAGGGAGGUCACUGAAAAGCACAACCAGGACCUGCGCUGUGCCCUUCAGAAAACUCGCACUGAGCUCCAGGCUAAAGAAGCAGCUCUGAAGGAGGCCGAGGCAGAGCGACACACUGUGGUGCAGGAAAAAGACAGGAGCAUCACACAGCUCAGACGCUCUCUGCAGGAUAAGGAGCAGCAGUUAAAGGAGUACUCAGAGAUGCUGGAGUCAACAGGAAGCUCCAAACCAAGAGAUGCUCUGCUGGAGAAACUGAGAGAGCGUAUUAAAGACAGAGACAGAGCUUUGGAGCGCUCCAUCGAUGACAAGUUCCGCUGUGUGGAGGAGCGCGAGGGCCAGGUGAGGAGGCUGCAGCUGGCCCUCAGGGAGAAGGAGCGAGACCUGGAGAGACUCCGCUGCAUCCUGUCCAACAACGAGGAGACCAUCACGAGUCUGGACGCCAUGGUGCGUGGCAAAGAGCUGGAGCUAGAGCAGGCGGCAGAGGCCUACAGGAACCUGCAGUGGCUGAAGCAACAGAGCGAGGAGAAGGAGAGAAAUACUCUGAGGGAGAAAGACACCAUCAUCAACCAGCUACAGGCAGCUCUACAGACGCACAGCCAGGAGGCACAGGAUCUGACAGCCGCCCUUGUUGCCAGAGUUCAGGCUGGUCCCACUGAAGUUGUAGAGGAGUUGAAGGCUCGGCUGGCACUGAAAGAAAAACUCUUCCAGGAGCUGCUGUCAGACCGCAGUCGCCAGUCUAAUGAACACCAAGCGCAGGUCCAGGACAUGCUGAACACUCUCAGCUCCAAAGACCAGUAUCUACAGGACUACUCCUACAGGCUCUCCCUUGUGAUUAGUGAGCGGACCAACCAGCUGCAGGAGCUACGUAGACAUCUGUCGUCAAGGGAGCAAGAGCUGUCUGAGCUGAAACAGGACAAGGAGAGAGAGAUGGGAGGAGAGACGGAGCAUCUGAGGAGUCUGCUCAAAGAGAAAGAAGCCUUCAUCAAGGAGCUGAUGCAGAGCCAUGAGGAGGCGAUGCAGCCAUCCUCUAAAGGGAGUGAGGCAGAGAUGAGGGCUGUCCAGGAGGAGCUGCAGCUGGUACUGAAGAAGGAGAGGGAGGCUCAGAAGGAGCUCUCUGCUCUGCGUUUAUCUUUGGCUCACCAGCAGGACACCAAGGACAGCACAGAUCAUCAAUGUGUGCUGGGGCAGCUUGUGUCAGAGUACAACAAGCUGAAUGACGCCCUGAGGGCAGAGAAGAGAUUAUACCAAAAUCUCACGCACAUUCACACCAGGAGUGACAGCUCUGAGAAGAUCCAGGCCCUCCACACCGAGCUAGACUCAGUUCAGGCACUGCGCAGACAGCUGGAGGAGGUCCUGGCCAGGACCCGUAACAUGGCCCUGGUGCUGGAACGGGCAGCUAAAAGGCAGCCUGACUUUGGAGAGCUCAGCACAGAGGACGAGGAGGAGGAGGGAGACGAUGAAGACGGCAGCAGUGACGAGUUCACGGACAGCAUAGAGGAUAAUGAUGAUAAAGUGACGGCCAGGAGUUUAGCUUCCCUUAAGGCUUGUGGAGCUGAAGGAGCACCUGGGCCACUGGUGUCCCAGAGAGCUGAUAUAAAGCAGCUUGAGGAAGCAAAGAAGACACUUGAAGUGCAGCUUGAAGAAAUAAGGUCACAACUUGAAAGGGAUGGAUACACCUCCGUGACUCAGAUGAGGAGUGCACUGCAGAGGCUGCAGCAGGAGAACCAGGCUCUGACAGAAAGCCGACACAGAUCAGGAGUGUUGGGCCUGAGGACAAACCCAGAGAGGAGCCACGGGGGUCUGAACCCGGAGGAGGAAGAAGAAGAAGAGGACGAGGAGUCCGAGGAGGAAGAGGAGGAGGAGGAUAUUGAGGAGGAAGAUGAAGAGGAGGAAACAUCUCCAGUGCCGGUGGGGAAGCGAGGUCAUCCGUGUGUUAGUCUGAGCGAGGAGCGAGGGGAGAGAGACUGCAAGAGGCCACGCUGUCUGACGUCCCAUCAUCACACACACCAGCCUGACACGGAGGUGGAGCCUGCUGGUGACAGCAGUGUUCUCUGGCAGGAUAUAGAGGAAGGUCUCCGUGAGCAGGCGGCCCGCCUCAGCUCCGAUCUGGCUCUGAGCCACCAGGAGAACAGAGAGCUGCAGGAGAGGCUGAUGGUGUCUGAGGCCACGGUGCACGCUCAGGCUGAACAACUGAAGGACUACAGAGAUCUGCUCACAGAGACAUCAGUCCAGCAGGCCAGUAAGCAGGUGCAGGUGGAUCUCCAGGAUCUGGGUUAUGAGACUUGUGGUCGCAGUGAGAACGAAGCUGAGAGAGAAGACGCCAGCAGUCCAGAGUUUGACGACCUGGAGAUGUGCACGUCACUGUCCCAUCAACAGGACUAUGAGGGUGCGGGUCAUAGCUGGUACACUGGCAGCAGCAACAGAGGUGCUUAUGAAAUGGCGGAUGAGUCGGCCUCGCUCCAGCAUCUGGUACAGGAUCUCCGCUCGCAGCUGACCCGCUGUCACAAGGUGAUACGUGGGCUGCAGCUGCGUGUCCGCUCCCUGUCUACCACCAGCGACUACGCCUCCAGCCUGGAGCGAACCCCACGCAAGGUAAACUGGGCAUUUGAGACAUCACCAGCCCCCAGUGCUGUGGAAGAGGAUGAAGGCUGGAUGUCUGACACCCAGGGAAUCCGCUCAGGCUGCAAGCCCAGCAGGGAGCUGCAAGAAUUGAUGGCACGAGUUGCAUCACUGGAGGCGCAGCUGAAGAGCUCCAGACUGGAGGGCAAAGGCCAAGCAGAGGAGGGGAAAUGUGCCACCUGGCCUGGGAAAUACAACUCUCUGAUCCAGGCACAAGCUCGUGAGCUGUCCCACCUGAGGCAGAGGAUGAGAGAGGGGCAAGGAAUCUGCCAUAUCCUCACCCAGCACCUUGGUGACACCACCAAAGCCUUUGAGGAGCUGCUGAGGGCCAAUGAUAUUGAUUACUACAUGGGUCAGAGCUUCAGAGAGCAGCUGGCACAGAACUCCGCGCUGGCACAAAGAGUGGUCGCCAAGAUCAGUGGACGCGAUCAUGCAGAGAGCCAUGAUGACAAGGCAGGCCAUGAGUUGCUCGCCCUGCGGCUGAGUAAGGAGCUCCAGCAGAAAGAUAAAAUCAUCGAGUCCCUCCACACCAAGCUGCAGCAGCGUCCAGAGACCCCGUCCAGCUGCCACGCCCUCUCUGAGACCACCGACCAAUCAGACAGAACGUCCUUGGUGUCCGAUGAGUACAGAACCACUGAAGACUUGGAGCUGUGUUCUGAUUUAGACGCCAGAGAAUAUCAGGAGGAGCACCGGCUGCGGCAGCCGGGACACGGAUCAGAACAAGACGUCCGUCCAUCUGUCCCUCCUCCUCAUGGCUUCCUCAAGUCCUCCAGCAGCUGUCCCAACAUGCAUUGCUCAGCCCCUGUGGGUUUAACCAGUCAGUCGCCCAGAGCUCUUUACAGUGACCCUGUCUCCUACUCCCUCUCUGUCCCCUCUGGCCCUGACGUCUGGGGUAGAGAAGUCUUUUCUGACCCCCGGCCCAGGGCCCUGUCUGUGAUCGCUGUUCGCCCAGAGCUGGACACGCUGUACAAACAGAUGAAUGAGCGGAACAGGGGCUUUGCAGUUCCCCACGACAAGGCUCUGUUCUCUCUCUCACCUGGCGCCCACAGCCAGCACGACCGCUCCAGCUACAGCCAGCUAUCCCAUCAUGCCUUUCAACAGUAUCAGCUAGGCGGCAUUCCCGAAAGCCACUCGCUGAAGUCUGACUCAGGUCUAGUGACAGGAGGGACUUUGUGGGACAUGGAGAACAUUGCUCAGCAAAUUGGAGGCUACUCUGGAUCAUCAGUACACCAGCAAGGAAGCAGCCAUGCAGGGGUAAAUUUGAUAGAGGAGCACCUGCGGGAGGUGAGGUGUCUCCGUCAGCGUCUGGAGGAGUCCAUUAGGACCAAUGAGAGGCUCCGACAGCAGCUGGAAGAGAGACUGGCGUCGACUGGGCGUGAUGGAGGGGCACCAACAAACAUCUAUAUUCAGGGACUGGACACAGUCACUCAACUGUCCAACGAGAUCAGAGUCCUGAAGGAAGAAAACUUGGGUCUACAGUCACGUCUGCAGGCCAGCACAGACACAUGUGAGGAGGUGGUGCAGUUGCGGGAGGCGGUAUUCACAGCACGUGCCCGCCUGAAACAAGCGGAGCUGGAGGCAGAGCAGUGGAAGGAGGAGCUGAGACGACUUCAGGCUCACAGUCAGGAGCAGGGACAGCAGAUACACAUAUUAAGGCAGGAGCGGCAGGCCAGUCAGGAGAAAACCAACAGGCUCCAGCAUGAGGUGUCUCUCCUGCAGCAGCAGCUGUGUGAGAGCAGAGAGCUCAUCCACUCGUUGCAGAGCGAACUACAAGUGUAUGAUCGAGUGUGUUCCAGCACAAAUGCAAACAAAGGCUACCUGUGUGAGCUCCCAGGUUUACCGGUGGAGCUGGGGGAGCUGCUCGGGGAGGUGAGGAGUCUGCGAGCCCAGCUGCAACACAGCGUCCAGGAGAACAGUGCCCUCAAACAACUGGAGCUCCACAAGCAGCUGGAGCAGAAGCUGGGUGUCGGCUCUCCUCGGACCCCCUCCCUGUCGGCUCUCUCUGCCAGCCCUCAAAGAGAGAACUUCUACAGGCGACAGCUGCUGCACGACCCCGCUCCGUCUCCACCAGUCAGGGACAUUGGUCUGUUUAACUGUGGAUCUCCCGGUCCUCCCUACUCAGACCUGGAUGACAGCCAUAGCACUGCCAAUGCAGACCCUCUCGACCCUCACUCUGAGCUGGAGGGGGAGGCCCCUGAUGGAUCAUUUGCGAACCGCAACGGCCGCCACGCCAUCGGUCAUGUGGAUGACUUCAGCGCCCUCCAGCAGCAGGUCCUUGAGGGCCGGAGCCUUGUCCAGCGCAUGGAGACAACCCUGCAGGCCUGCCUGAGCCCGCCACUGCUGGAGGACAACACGAAGCAGAGCACUGAGCUGGUCCUGGACUAUGGAUGUGUGAAGAGUCUGCUGUCCAACACCAAGACUCUGAGGCAGAUCCUGGAGGAGGCGAUGUCUCUGCUGAAGAUGUUCUGGAGAGCAGCUCUGCCCAGCGCUGAUCCCUCCGUCCAGAACCUUAAGAAGGAGCAGUGUAUGCAGGAGGAGAUCUUGUCCCUGAAACUGCGGAUCUCAGAGCAGGAGGAGGUUCUCAAGGGGACGAUUCAAAGAUUGAGGAACACCAGCCGCACCAAGGAGAACAUGGAGCACUUCAUAGUCAACCAGUUGUCCAGGACUCGUGAUGUGCUGAAGAAAGCAAGGACAAAUUUAGAGAAGAAUGAGCUGAGACUUUCCUCUCUAAGCUCCUCCUCUUCCUCUCCUUACACUGCUGAGGACCCAGGAGUUGCUGCCGGAGAGCAGCCUGCUGAUCGCAGUUUCCUGAAGACCAGCGGUGCUUCCGGAGCUGCAGCCAAUCAACGUCCAGCAGCGAGGAAGCGCAGCAGCCAAUGCCUAGUUUAGACUUUUAAAGAACCAGCCUCAACGCUACCACCUCUGACCUCUAACCUCUAUGCUGAAACAGCCAAGACCCACCGCCCCCACCCCAGCCUCCCUCCUCCAUGCAGCCCCCCCAACACCAGCCUUUCUUGCCCCACCCGACCUCCCCAGCCUCUGUCCAGCCAUGAGAGUGCUUCCACCCUCCCUCCUCCAGGCAAUAUGUGCACAGUAUAAUCUGCACCUUGAGCCUUACCGAACUCCCUUCACCCCCCGCGCCAAUUUACUGUCACUCUCUACCGCCUCCCACCACGUGUAUUAUUAUUGUCUUUGAGUGAUACAGUCGGCAGUUUGCCUCGUCGUGUGUGUGACAGAGGAAGGUGUUUGAAAUGUGCCUCUGGUGGUUUCAGUGACGUGUGUCCUACUGACGGAGCUGGAUGAAGAUGCUCUUAGACACUGAUCUCAGACCAGGUGUGUGUUCUCAGUCUGGUUUCAGUAAAGGUAAUUUGGUUUCAAGGGUGGUAUUAAACCUUUGGCAUAAUUGUCAGGAGGAUUUUGGAAUUUUGAAAACUUAACUUGCGUGCUGAAAUAAACAUGUCUAUAAUGAACCCUCAGAUCCAUAUCUAAGAGCAUCCUCUCCUGAGAGCCUGUGGACGAAAAUAGAUGUUCAUGCAUGUGUAAUCGUGGCUUGAGAGAGGAAUUCUGCACACACGUACACACAUACACGUAUCCGUAUGUGUGACCUAAAAACGGCUCACUCAAAGACAAGACAACUUUGACUGCCACAGAAAUGCAAGUUUACUUCUCGUGGCGCUUUUCUUAACGAGGACACUUUUGUUUGCAAAUGCAAUGCAAAGAACAAUGACACCCACGACGUAUCACUACACACAGUGGAGGAAUGUAGAGGAGGUCAAGCGAUCACUGCUACGUAGUCGUGUACUAGCUGUAUCUGUGUUUGUGGAGGAAGCUUAUGAAUGCUUUGUCAGCCAUCAGCCAAGGGUUAUGAAUAGCAGAACAAAAGCUAGAGAAAGGUUCCAUUUCAGUCACAAAUCACCUCUUUUAGGGUCCUAACGAUGCUUUUUGUGGCAUCUACCUACUGAAAUAAGUCAAAAAAGAGUACAUUUAAGUCUUUAACAAUCUGGUUGGUUGUGAUUUCUGAGCAGGAUGUACGCUAGAGCGGUGGUUCUCAGUCCCUAAAUUGAUACACAAAUAGCUCCCAGUUUGAUUUGAUUUUACUUCAGGGACCUGUGGGGUGGUAUAAAUAUGAAAAUAUUUUGGUUAUUAGAUAUGAUUAGGACCUGAAUUCUAAAGCUGUCAACCCACAUGAGGAGAUAAACGUGAAGGAAGUGAAACAGGGUGUUUUUCAUUAUGCUAACGGGUCUCCACUCGCGUCUCUUUUUCACAUCUUAGCUCCUCUCAGCGAGGAUGUGAGAAAGGAAGAGAUGCGUCCUCACUCUAAGCUCCUCCAAAACUCCUCUCUCCUCACUUCCUGUCUCCUUGAGGUGUUUAAAGGGACUGUAAGGUCCACCAUGAUGGCGGAUGAGAAACGAUUUCCAGGUCAGGGGAGGAGAGAGGAAGUUAGCAUAAUAAAAAGCACCCUUACCUCACUUCUAUAGUAAAUUAAAUAGUGAAAAAACAUAUUCCCCAUUUUCUGGGGACAUUUGAACUCCCUCAUUGACUCCUAGUUGAGAGCCACUGCACUAGAAUAUGUAAAGAAGAGGUUUACGUGCUCAAAUGGAACCAGGCUAAACACGCGUAUUCAAGCUCCUCUGUAGGAGUUCUCAUACGAGCAUGUGCAAUAAUGAUGUUGUUUCUUGAAUGACCAUGCUGCACCGGGUUAUUUUUGUUUCUUUGCUUGACACUGGAUUAUUAGUCACACUCACGAAUAACGUUAGGACACGAUCAGUGUUACGAUUGUACUUUUUACCAGAGUGUUGAUGCAUGACAGAGAUUGUAAAAUCUAAGCUUCGGAACAGGGGAUUGCCAAUACUUGCCAAAGUUUGAACUUUGAUCUCUUUACUUCACUUUGACUUGCCUUAUCCAUGCGAAUGACAAACCCGGGUCUGAUCAGACCGUAGGGAUACCGAGGUGUCUUUUUAUUUCAGAGGGCCUUCAGAACCACAGAGACGGUAACCGUCAGACAGCUGGUUCGGUGUAUUUGGAAAUGUGCGACAGAAAUGAGCUCCUUUAUUUGGACCAAAACUCAACAGUGGGUUUUUCCCAUGUGGCCAUAUGCUAUUGUCUUCAUGUUAUUUCUCUUGGUUCAGGCCGUCUUAGCAUUCCCAUGGCAAUGGCAAUAUAGGUUAUCAAGUUCUCAUAGAUGAUGCAAACUUUGGCAGGCUACUGGUAGGAUCGUCGUUCUUUAAUUCACUCGCUUGUAACGGUUCAGAUUUAGUUUGAUGUGUUUUGCUGUACAUUUGCCAUUUGAUGCUGUAAAUAACCGGCUUGUUCUGUAUGAACUUUGGCGUGAGUGUGUGUGUGCGCGCACGUGUGUGAGUGUGUGUGUGAAAAAAAACAUCCAACAUUUGCUUUUUGCAAAGUUGAUUUUCUGGGUAGCUGUGCAAUAGCUUUAUCUGUUUUAUUUUGAUGUUAAACAUCAUUGUAUUACGAGUAUGUUUGCCGCGUUCACUUCCUGCGAUGUAUGAUUUAUAUGCAGUGUCUGUUAGAGGAUUACGUCACUUUGAAUCGAUUAGUCACAUAGGCUGUGUCUGAUAAGAAAUCACAAACUAUGCCUUCAUGAUAUCUUAGUUACUGAUCACAAUAUCGUCCAUCUAUAACAAAGCUCUGAUUAUCGUUGCUUCGCUUGCCUUUAAAUUUAGCUCGAGAGCUUCUUCAGUUUGCUCUCAGUGGUAGAAAUGGCCUUGAACCUGCGCUUGUCUACCUGAGAUCUGCCAAAUUAGGUUUUGUUUGCGCUCGAGUCUUCAUUAGAAGACAGACGUUGCCAAGUAUUUAAAUAAAGGUAAAAAGUUUGAUAUUGCCUUUUGAAAUUUGAAGGGAAAAGUUUUAAAGAAUUGUAUACUGUAAAAAAAAGAAAGCCAAUGACUGGAAAGAUUGUGACCUGCUGGAUCCACAAAGCACCUUGUUAGAGCGUAAACAAAGCCUUUUUGCUGUUUGUUAUUAAGAAGGGAAUCAAACGGCAGUUUGAAACAGUGUAUUGCUGGUCCUGAGUUGCGUAUGUAUAUAGUGCUAUUUGACUGGUGAAGCUUUUAUGUGAUUGGAAAGCAGCUUUUUCUGAGUUUGUGCAUUAUGAACUAGAAAGCCGAUACAGGACUAAUAAGGAUCCUGUCUCUGAUGACAGUUAACAGUUUGCUGUGUUGGCAAAAGUAUUAUCAGUGAAAGAUUUUGGGAAAGAAUGAAUAAAACACUUAAAACGCU